AUGGGCGGGGAUGGUUGCAUGGGCGGGGAUGAGUGCAUGGGCGGGGAUGGUUGCAUGGGCGGGGAUGGUUGCAUGGGCGGGGAUGGUUGCAUGGGCGGGGAUGGUUGCAUGGGCGGGGAUGAGUGCAUGGGCGGGGAUGGUUGCAUGGGCGGGGAUGGUUGCAUGGGCGGGGAUGGUUGCAUGGGCGGGGAUGAGUGCAUGGGCGGGGAUGGUUGCAUGGGCGGGGAUGGUUGCAUGGGCGGGGAUGGUUGCAUGGGCGGGGAUGGUUGCAUGGGCGGGGAUGAGUGCAUGGGCGGGGAUGGUUGCAUGGGCGGGGAUGAGUGCAUGGGCGGGGAUGAGUGCAUGGGCGGGGAUGAGUGCAUGGGCGGGGAUGGUUGCAUGGGCGGGGAUGGUUGCAUGGGCGGGGAUGGUUGCAUGGGCGGGGAUGAGUGCAUGGGCGGGGAUGGUUGCAUGGGCGGGGAUGGUUGCAUGGGCGGGGAUGAGUGCAUGGGCGGGGAUGGUUGCAUGGGCGGGGAUGGUUGCAUGGGCGGGGAUGGUUGCAUGGGCGGGGAUGAGUGCAUGGGCGGGGAUGGUUGCAUGGGCGGGGAUGGUUGCAUGGGCGGGGAUGGUUGCAUGGGCGGGGAUGGUUGCAUGGGCGGGGAUGAGUGCAUGGGCGGGGAUGGUUGCAUGGGCGGGGAUGGUUGCAUGGGCGGGGAUGGUUGCAUGGGCGGGGAUGAGUGCAUGGGCGGGGAUGGUUGCAUGGGCGGGGAUGGUUGCAUGGGCGGGGAUGGUUGCAUGGGCGGGGAUGGUUGCAUGGGCGGGGAUGAGUGCAUGGGCGGGGAUGUGCAUGGGCGGGGAUGGUUGCAUGGGCGGGAUGGUUGCAUGGGCGGGGAUGGUUGCAUGGGCGGGGAUGAGUGCAUGGGCGGGGAUGGUUGCAUGGGCGGGGAUGGUUGCAUGGGCGGGGAUGAGUGCAUGGGCGGGGAUGGUUGCAUGGGCGGGGAUGAGUGCAUGGGCGGGGAUGGUUGCAUGGGCGGGGAUGGUUGCAUGGGCGGGGAUGAGUGCAUGGGCGGGGAUGGUUGCAUGGGCGGGGAUGGUUGCAUGGGCGGGGAUGAGUGCAUGGGCGGGAUGGUUGCAUGGGCGGGGAUGGUUGCAUGGGCGGGGAUGGUUGCAUGGGCGGGGAUGAGUGCAUGGGCGGGGAUGGUUGCAUGGGCGGGGAUGGUUGCAUGGGCGGGGAUGGUUGCAUGGGGCGGGGAUGAGUGCAUGGGCGGGGAUGGUUGCAUGGGCGGGGAUGGUUGCAUGGGCGGGGAUGGUUGCAUGGGCGGGGAUGAGUGCAUGGGCGGGGAUGGUUGCAUGGGCGGGGAUGAGUGCAUGGGCGGGGAUGGUUGCAUGGGCGGGGAUGAGUGCAUGGGCGGGGAUGAGUGCAUGGGCGGGGAUGGUUGCAUGGGCGGGGAUGAGUGCAUGGGCGGGGAUGAGUGCAUGGGCGGGGAUGGUUGCAUGGGCGGGGAUGAGUGCAUGGGCGGGGAUGAGUGCAUGGGCGGGGAUGAGUGCAUGGGCGGGGAUGGUUGCAUGGGCGGGGAUGGUUGCAUGGGCGGGGAUGGUUGCAUGGGCGGGGAUGAGUGCAUGGGCGGGGAUGGUUGCAUGGGCGGGGAUGAGUGCAUGGGCGGGGAUGGUUGCAUGGGCGGGGAUGAGUGCAUGGGCGGGGAUGGUUGCAUGGGCGGGGAUGGUUGCAUGGGCGGGGAUGGUUGCAUGGGCGGGGGAUGA